AUGGAUCAAUCGAAUGAAGACUUCGAAUUUCGAGUAGUGUUACUCAAAAUUCAAAAUUCACUGUCUGAUACAGACCGUAGGCAAUUGCAUUUUUUAUUCGGUGAAGAUAUUCCACGUCGUUUGCAAUCUGAUGGCUCACUAGAAAAUGCACUCGAAACUUUACAAGCACUUUUCGAUCGUUUAAAGAUUUCAAGAAAUAACUUUGAUUAUCUUGUUCGUGCAUUAGAAGCUAUUGAACGUAAUGAUUGUGCUGAACGUUUGCUUAAUUACCAAAAGCUGAUACCUACUGAAAUCAUACCAGCUCUACCAGCGGAACAACAGCAAAGCCAAGCUCAGAGGAUACUCGAAUUACCACCACUAAGCACAUCAGAAAGACCUACUAACCAAGAAAUUCUUGAUGAUCUUGCUGAAGAUGAUAUUAUGUGUCUUUCACAGAACGCUAAGGUAUCAAUUGGAUUCAAUCCACCCGAUCCAGAUCCAAUUGAUUUUAAUAAAAUAAAUUUAGAACCAUUCGAAGAUUCUUCUCAUCCGUGGACUGAAGAAUAUUCAAAAUUACUCAAUUUGAAAUUUCAUCCUCGAGCUUAUCAAAUUGAAAUCAUACGAAAUGCUAUUCGUAAUGGUAAUACUAUUGUUUGUCUUCGAACUGGUUCUGGAAAGACAUUCAUUGCUUCGGUCAUAAUAAAAUAUUAUUUCAUAAAAAGUCAAAAAACAAAUCCCGAUAAAAAAUUUUUCAGUCUAUUCUUUGUACCAAGAAAAGCCAUACGAUUACAACAAGCAAAGGCAAUUUCAGAUGUUGGUAAUCUACGAGUACAAAUUUGUGAAGAUGAUCAAACAAUUGAUCAACUAAUCGAUACAAAUCAUCUUAUUGUUGCCACACCACAAAAAUUUGUUAAUUGUUUAAAUAAAGAAACCAUUCGUUUAUCUCAAAUUAAUUUUAUGAUUUUUGAUGAAUGUCAUAAUACAUCAGGUGGAAAUCCUUAUUGUGAAAUAAUGAAAUAUUAUUUAUGUCCAUCUAAAAAACAAAAUACUACAGAAAAACCAUUAAUUAUUGGUUUAACAGCAACAGUUAGUGCUAAAGAUGCUCUUGAAAAACGAGAAUCAAUUGAAAAAAAUCUUGUUAGUUUAUGUAGUAAACUUGCUUGUGAAAAUAUUUCAACUGUAUGCGAUAUAAAUAAUAUCGAUGAAAUUAAUCGUGAAAUAAGUCGACCAACAAAUGAUCAAUUUCAAUAUGUUUCAAAAAUAAAAUAUAAUUCAUAUUUUACUGAAUAUUUAAAAACAUUUGGAGAUCUUAUUAAUAAUAUUAAACAUCAUUUGGAUAGGCGAGAAUCAUUAGAUGGACAAGAUAUUGGUUCUUCUGGAUUUAUUGGUCAACUUGUACUUUUAAAACAAACAUUUGAAACAAAAGGUGAUAUGAAUAAUAUUAUUAUGUGCGAUUAUUUAUUAUUAUUAACAAAAAAAUAUUCAGCAUUUAAAGAUUUACCAUUUGAUAUGGUUCUACAAUAUAUAUUAAAUAAAAUUGAAGACUAUUAUAAAGGAUAUCAACAAUCCGUACCAAUGAAUAAUGUAUGUUAUGAACGUUGUAAAACUCAUUUGGGUAAACUCCUAGAGAAAUACAUAGAACAUCCAACAACAAAUUCAAAAUUAGAUACAUUAGUUGAUCUUGUUGUACAACAUACUCCUAGAGAUACAAAAGGACUUAUUUUGGUACAAACAACUUUUUACGCAAAAACACUUUGUGAUUAUUUGUGCAGUCAUCCAAAAUUAGAAAAUAUUGUUAAAGCAACUUGGAUUGUUGGUCAAACUAGUGCGGAUCAUUCUUUGACAAUACAUGAUCAAGCAGCUAGAUUAAAAAAAUUUCGAGAAGAUAUUGUUCAAGAAGGUUUAGAUAUUCCAACAUGUUCUUAUGUUAUUCGUUAUGAAUUUGUAUCAGAUGAAAUUGGUACAAUUCAAUCACGAGGUCGAGCAAGAGCACAAAAUAGUUUCUAUUAUCUAAUAACCGAACUCGAUUCAAUGAAUCAUCAACGAGAGAAGAAGAAUAAAAUUCGUGAAGAAAAUAUGGAAAUAGCUAUUAAUCGAUGGCAAACACUUGAUAAAGAUAUAUUUCAACGUGAUGUUGCAACGAAAGCUAAAUCACUUAUUAGUGAGUGGGAAAAAGAUUUAAUACUUGAAAUGCAACAAAAAACUGUAUUACAAAAAAUUGGUAAAAAAGAUGGUUCAAUAUGUUGUCGUAAAUGUAGUCGAGAAUUAGGUGAACUUGCAUGGUUGAAAAAACGAAAUACAAUUUAUUUUAUAAAUAAUCCAGAAUUUUUCAAUAAGAAUGAAUGUAAACUUGAUAGUGUAUAUCAAAAUUUUCAAGAAAAUUUAGUUAUGGGAGACGUUAAAUGUACGUGUGGAAAUUCUCUUGGUGGAUGUCAAAAAUUUAUGGAUCGACCUGAAUUAGGUACAUUAUGUGCACUUAAAUGUAAACAAAUCAAAUUUGCCAUUGACAAGCGAUCACCUUUUAUAGAAUUUCAACAAUGGAGCAAAAAUAAUCGUUUUGAAAUUGAAGAACUUGAAGAAAUUUAA